CCGAGCAGCUGCCAAUCAACCGUACAGAGUCAUGUGACCUGCAGGAGGAGGGGACCCAGGCCUCAUAAGAGCAGCAGCCGCAGGACCGGCAGCUCAGAACCAUAGCCAGCACCAGGACCAGCAGGAGGCACCAGACCAGAACCCAGUAUGCAUCACGCACGUUGUCCCGUCAUCCUGGUUCUCGCCGCACUGGCCAUGUUCAGCCUGCCAGUUUCCUCUCAGGCCGACAGAGACCAGGACCCAUACCAGAACCAGGACCUGGACCUCGAGCUGCGUCACCACCAACUGUUGCAGCGAGCCCGCAGUGCCGGACUCCUUUCACAGGAGUGGUCCAAACGGGCCGUGGAGGACCUGCUGGCUCAGAUGUCGAGGCCCGAGGUGGAUGCCCAGCAGGACGAGCCGGACGCGGUUUCCAGAGUAACAGGCUCGAGACUGAACCUGGAACGGUCCGUCGGCACACCCGCCCGUGAACGCAAAGCCGGCUGCAAGAACUUCUACUGGAAAGGACUAACUUUCUGCUAAAGCAGGAAACAGCUGAGGCCACACCUUCUGGGCAUCAAACGACCAAUCACCUGCAGUGGCGAGUGAACGGACCAGUUAACAGUCCUACCUAAGUAAUUAUUGUAAUUGUCCAAUAAAGAAGGAACUCAAUCAG